AUGGACUGCAUCCCCCUCCCCAUUGUCUGCUUCCAGUGCGGAACCGACCAGAACCCCUGCCACUGCAAGGUCGUGGGCCCGACAAUCGGGUUCGGCGUCGCGGUCGUGCUGGCCGUCGUGUGCUGGCCUGCGUCGCUGCUGUGCGGGUGCUGCCUGACGGACGCGGGCAAGAAGAUGCUUGCCGCGCCGGCGGAUACGAGCGGCGCUGUGAGCAAUGCUAUUCCCAUCUAG